AAAUAUUUUCCUGUUAUUUAUAGUGGGAUCUUGAUUACUGGAUUUCGGAUUUAUUAAUAAUUUAACACGUUUAGUGGAUCAAUAAAAAAGGCUAUCUAUAGUCAGACACCUUAUAAUUAGUUAUCACUGUACACUUAAGUUAUGAAUGAUUUUAAAUUUAAUUUUCGAUUUAAUGGACGAAGAAACGUUGGGUAGAAGUGGAAGUUUAAUUGGAUGUUAAUUGUGAGAGACACUGGUAGAAAGGUAAACAAGGGAUAGGUACUGCUACGUAAGACGAUUACCUUGUGUCAAUAUUUCUUUUUUUUUUUCUUGAAAUCUUCUGUGAAAUAAGUGCGAAUAAAUAUAACGUAGACGUCUCGAAUUAAUUGGAAGAUUAAUUAGCGUAAUUGGAACAGUUGGUUCAUUAGCAGGAUGGAAAAUUGUAUUUUUCAAAACUCCAAAUAAUUGAUUUCAUAUUCUACUUGGCAUUACUGUGACGUUUUUCUUGUACAAUUUUUUAAAAUAUUUUAAUUAUAUUUGUUUAUACGCGACAAGUAGUAUGAUUAGAUUACAGAUGAUUACGAAUUCCAAAGUCUAAGGACGAAAUAAAAUAAACAGCUAAAAGUGCUAAAUUUACAAAAUUAAUUUUUUUCUUAGUAUUUUUGCAUUACAGACGGAUUCGAAUAAUUAAUUAUCAAUUCUCUAAAUUUCAAAUAACUCCUCGGAUUUCAUAUUUGAACACGUUAGAAUCCCAUCCGUCCACGUGGUCAGGAGUGUCAAAUUCUCAACGAUUUUCAAACACGUCCGUGAAUGUUUCGUCGACGAAUAUCAAUUAACAAUACCGCGAAUUCAAGUAUCAUCUGCAACGCUUCCGAAGCGUUGUCUUCCAAUAAACUUUCGCACGACAUUCGACCCGGCAAACCAGCCCGAGGACCGUAGUCUUCGUCCAAGUACGUGUAUCGUUUACAAUUGAAUUUCCAAUCGAGUCGCGUGUCACCGUCCACUUGACUCCCGGGUAUAAUAAUAAUUGAACGUCUCCGGCACAACUAGUCGCGCUUAAUUUAUCUCGUUUGACAGAAUCGAAAACGAGACACUGCACGGACUUUGCUCGGUAAUUUCAGCUAGUUCGAGCAUCAAUUGGUCUGGCAUUAAAAGUUGAACAAGAACACUUUCGUAGGUUCAUCGCUGAGUGUCGUCGAAGAGAGAGCUCCUCUCGAAGAAACAUGAACGAUCGAGAAAUGAAAAACUCGAAGAACAAUUUGAGCAACUCUGUAGGGCCAACAGAGACGACAGCUCUGAGACCAAAAUUGGAAAGUUUCGACGAUAUUCUACCAUACGUCGGUGAUUAUGGUAGAUACCAGUGGCUGUUGUUGCUUUCGUUGCUACCUUCCGGUGUCACCUACGCUUUCCUCUAUUUCUCGCAAUUUUUCAUCACGAUCAUUCCUAACGAACACUGGUGCAGGAUAGAGGAAUUAAUCGAUUCGAAUUUCACUCAGGAAGACAGAAUUCGAAUAGCAAUUCCACAGACAAGCGAGUAUCCAUUCUACGAUCAGUGUCACAGAAAGGACUUGAAUUUCGCGGAGAUCUUGAACACCGGGAAGGAUCUACACUCCUUAGAAUUUCAAACGAAUAGAACCGUUGAUUGCACACGAUGGGAGUACAAUUUCACCACGAUUCCGUAUCCCAGUGUAGGAACUGAGCUAGAUUGGGUAUGCGACCGAGAGUACCUCGUAUCAACGGCGCAGGCCAUCUUCUUCUGCGGAUCCAUCGUCGGUGGUUUCCUGAUCGGUUGGAUAGCAGACCACAAAGGUAGAAUACCGGCGUUAAUGUUCUGCAACAGUAUAGCUCUUCUGAGUUCCAUCGCCACGGCAAACGCGAACAGCUUCUGGUCUUUUGCCACCUGUAGGUUUCUCACUGGAAUCGCUUUCGACAACUGUAUCAAUAUUCCUCUUAUAAUCGUAUUGGAAUAUAUGGCGGUUUCCAAACGCACACUGGUGGUCAAUGUUGCUUUUGGUAUAUAUUUCGCAGUAGCCAGUACUAUUUUACCCUGGAUAGCUUACUACGUCUCCAACUGGAGGUACUUUACUUACAUCACAGCUAUACCUUUGUUAUCCGUAUUCAUCACACCAUGGAUUCUACCAGAGAGUGCACGGUGGUACAUUUCCAAUGGAAUGAUGGACAAGGUUGUGAGGAAAUUGCGAAGGAUCGCUAGGAUUAACCGGAGGUAUCCGGAUCCUCGUAUUUACGACGUUUUCGUUGGAAACCUGGAGACUUCUGAAAGGCUGCACGAAACAGCAACAAUCUUUGAUCUCUUCAAAUCACCCCGAUUAGCAAAAAAUACUAUUCUUCUAGUCUUAUUUUGGUGUCUUACCGUGAUCGCCUUCGAUGGUCACGUGUAUUCCUUGAAGCUGAUCCAAAGCUCGGUGUUCAUGUCCUUCUCCGUUGCGUGCUCCACGGAACUUCCGGCAGGAUUGCUGCUGACUUUGGUGCUGGAUCGAUGGGGUCGUAGAUUAUGCGGAUUUCUAACCCUGGCGAUGACUUGUUUGUUCAGUAUCGCCGAGCUGAUGCUGCAUUCAACAACAGCCAAGCUUGUGAUGUCGGUGAUGUCACGGUUCUGUUUGAACAUGUCGGCGAACGUUGGACUUCAAUACGCGGCUGAACUUUUACCGACACCCGUUAGAUCGCAAGGAGUAUCCUUAAUUCAUAUUUUCGGAAUAGUCGCGCAUUCUUUGGCGCCAUACAUCGUUGAUUCGGCAAAAUUGUGGGAAGGAUUUCCAAUGCUGAUAAUCAGCACGGUGUCAUUCGUUGGCGCGAUGUUCGUCCUCUUCCUACCGGAAACUGUCGGCCAGAGUCUUCCUCAAACGAUAAAGCAAGGCGAAGAGUUUGGGAAAGAUCAGCAUUUCUGGUCGUUACCGUGCUAUCAGAAAUCGCCGUUCGAUGGUCAUCGACAUUACGGUUCUUGAGUACUUACAAUUACUCAAUUUGCAUUUCUUACUUCGAUGAAAAACACUUCUGAAGAAAAGUCGCGUUUCGUUGAAGCGAAAUCAGCGUGAUUCGAUACGGGAAAAUCAAUCACGUUAUAUCGUAUUCCUAACUUUUUUUAUUAUGUAUUUUAAUUGUUCUAAGUCUUAUCGCUAAUUUUCUCUCGUGAUGGGCAUGCCAAGAAUACCUAGAACCCGUGUUCCUAUAUAGUUUUUUUUUUAAUUAUUUUAAGUCUCUCUUCAUGUUUUUGAUUCAUUUUAAUUGCUAAUUAUUCGUUUCCGUGAUACGCACAGCAAAGAUUCAAGCAGUUGGUUUGGUUCUUUAAUGAACACAUUUUUUGUUUACUUUUCUUUUGUAGUAUUUUAGCCAGCGACCAUCUGUACUUAAAAAUAUCUUCUUUUUCUUAACCGUAUCACAAAUAUUGUUGAACUAAAGCAAAUUCAAUGCUAAUUUUGUUAAAAUUGUUUUUCAAGACUCAACUGCUGUUCAUUUUUUAUCCACAAUUAAACUGUGUGUAGUUUCUAUAAUUUAGGAAGAUUAAAAUGGAACUAUCAUAAAUUGUGCCAUCAAAUGACGAUCAGUGUUCGUCGUUGUAUCAAAUAACAACGCUAUCAACUGAAAAA